AUGCUGGAUAAAUGGAUAGAACAGCUCAUGCUCUGCGAACCAUUAGCAGAGACAGAGAUAAAAGAACUCUGUAAAUUAGCCACAGAAAUAUUCCAAAGAGAAAGCACACUUAUCUCACUUAAGGCACCCAUUACAAUAUGCGGGGAUGUACAUGGACAGUUUUUCGACCUGCUAGAACUCUUCAAGGUGGGUGGUUUUCCACCAGAAACACCAUAUCUCUUUAUGGGUGACUAUGUAGAUAGAGGGUACCACUCAGUAGAGACACUAAGUCUCUUGCUGUGCUUAAAGAUUAAGCACCCAGAGUCAGUGUGCAUGCUAAGGGGUAACCAUGAGAGUAGACAAAUAACACAGGUUUACGGGUUCUAUGAUGAGUGCUUCAGGAAGUACGGAUCAUCAAAUGUAUGGAAGUAUUUUACAGAUCUGUUUGACUAUCUGCCGCUUGCUGCAAUUGUAAAUAAUGAUGUAUUCUGUUUGCACGGGGGUUUAAGUCCUGCCUUAGAGACACUUGAUGAAAUACGAAAUAUAGACAGGGUACAGGAAGUACCGCAUGAAGGAGGGAUGUGCGAUUUAUUAUGGAGUGACCCAGAAGAAAGAAAGGGAUGGGGUGCAUCACCGAGGGGUGCAGGGUACACAUUCGGAGAAGACAUAACAGACCAGUUCACGAAGAAGAAUGGUCUGAAGAUGAUUUGCAGGGCACAUCAGUUAGUCAUGAAUGGCCACAACUGGAAUCAUCAUAAGGGUGUAGUAACUGUAUUCUCUGCACCUAAUUAUUGUUAUAGAUGUGGGAAUUUGGCGUCUCUCAUGGAGAUGGAUGAGCAUGGGUCGUACCAGUUUACGCAAUUUGACUCGUCACCAGAGCAGAAUUCAGAGAAGGUGCAGCAGGUGCCGAAUUACUUCAUAUAA